AUGGACCUUUACACCACCUCAUUCACUUAUCAUCGACCUUCACCUCGAUCACUUCGAUCUACCAGUUCACCCCUUCCUUCUUCAUUGGCUUUACCGGGCUCAAGCAAUAUUUCGACUAUACCACUACCGAAUGUCACCUCUGCCACGACUCCGCCGAGCAAGUCCUCUUUGACCACCAACCUCACUACUGCAGCUCAAGUGGAGAAGGAUUGGAACGAUGUUCAGAAGAUGUGUUUGGACAUUACGACCCGGGAAGGAUGCUUGGUGACAGUCACGAAAGAAUCUAUCGGAGUAGAUCUGAACCCUCAACCUCAACCUCAGCAGACAGAUGGGAAUGUAGAAUCGAAUGGAAGUGGCAAAGAUGACUCGGUACCUAUACCAUCAACUACGACGUGGAACUUCCAUUUGUCAGGAGGAUAUCAAUCUGUUAUGUCUGCUCGAGGAGCCAUCCUGAGGGAAACUCCAAAAGACAAUAAAACGAUAUUGAAAGUAUCAAGAACGGAAAUACUAGAAUCACCUUUGUCGAAUAUCUCGCCAUUGAAAGUAGACGUGAAAAGAAGAUUAGAUGAGAUUGCUCUGGAUUCAAAAGCUCAUAUAGCGGUUCUGAAUAUCGAGAUACCUGGUGCAGGAGUGGGUGGGGCGGUUUUGGCUACUGCCGAUGGUCAAGCUCAAAGUACUGAAGGCGAAACAUCUGCGAUAUCUGCGUCACAAAGAGAAGGAAGUGCCGGACCGGAAAGUACAAGUGGUACUGAUAACCAACCUACCAAGUCUACUGCAAGUAAUAGUCCUACUGUACCUGCACCUGCACCUCCGCCAAACGCGCCUGUCACAUAUGGUCUAGAGACGGAACGAAUGUGCGAACUCGUCAUUACUGGUCCGCUGGAAAGUGUCGAAGUUGCCAAAGUCAGGUUGUUGGUCAUGCUGGAUGAACUCAGCGGUCUUCAUUCUGAAGUGUGCGAUAUAGACUAUAAGCUUCACAAUAUCAUUGCAUCUCGUAAAAGAGGUGUGAUCCAAUCUAUUCAAGAGGAAACAGCCACCAAUAUAUACUACCCUACCCCCCUUGUUGGCGUCUUCAAUCCUCCCCAACCUGGGCAACAGCAAGGACAGUUGGGCAAGGCCAACCAAAUUUGGAUCACGGGAGAAUUUUUCGGAGUACAAAGAGCUAGAGAUAUGUUGUUAAAUGUUGCUGUGCAGAAGAGCAAACUUGUCAUAUCGAGAGACACCGCCAUCUUACCUAGAAAACUCGAUUGGUUACUUACCGAACAUCUCGAGGAAGUAAAAGGGAUCAUGAGUGAUAACGGAACAUAUAUCCAAGUACCCUCAAUCGGAUCUCAAGCUAGCUUGAUUACUGUGUUUGGUGAUCAUAGAGUCAAUAUUGAAAGGACCAUAAGAAGUGUAAUGGGAUUGGCCUGUCAAUUCUACGUGGCAUCCUUCUGGCUACUUCCGAUCUCCUUCGAUGUUCUCAUGCCCCAAGCUACUUUGAAUCCUGCUCAGAUGCAACCGAUCCUCAAGCGUAUCGCUCACGCCACAGGAGCUGAAGUGGUGUUCAAGUCGAAUUGCUUUGAAAUGCAUGGAUUGGAACAGGAAGUCAGAGCAUCGGUCAUGAUGGUACUUGAGCUUGAAGCUAUUCAUAACUUCCACCACGAAAUCCGAUUCCAGAUUGAGCUCGCUAACGAACAUCGCGAAUUCAUAUCCGGUAAGAAGAACGGUAAAAUCAACAAGAUCAUGAAAAUGGCCGGAGUGAAAAUCAAAUUCGAGACUUUCAACGAUUACAAUUUCCUCAUGGAUGUUUCGGGAUCGGAUCUAGGUUCUUUACAAGGAUUAUCAAUGUUGCAAGAAGAAUUACCUGCCGAAGUCUCCUUCCAUGUGCCAGAAAGCUAUCAUAAGCGGAUUAUCGGAGUUGGCGGUAAAAAUAUCCAGAGGAUCAUGAAAGUUUAUGGAGUUUAUGUGAAAUUUUCCAAUGCCGAGGAAUUCGCUGCGCUAGGAGGAUAUUUAGAUAAUGAAGAUAAUGUCGUGGCUAGGACUCCUGCUAAGAAUGCUAUCAAUCUGGAGAGUUUGAAACAGUCUGUAAUGGAAAUGGUCAAUCCUAAGGAUAAGGAUUAUACCGUCGAGAGUGUAUCUAUCCCUAGACGGUAUCAUCGAACUCUUCUCGGAGAAAAGAGCAUCUUCAUCCAUGAUAUCGAACAGAAGACAAACUCAGCCGUUCGAUUCCCAUACAAGGAGAGCGCAAGUGAUAUCGUGACUAUCUUUGGACCUGAGUCUCAAGUUCAUAUCGCAGCUGCUAUGUUAUUGGAUCAUGUCCCUUUCGAAGCUGAUCUUCACGUCCCGCCUAACCCCGAGCUCACUCGUCUAGUGACAUCGACGGAUUUCAUCCUCUUCACUGAACGUGUCAAGAGAGAUCAUCAAAUCGCUAUUGUACCUUCUGCCAAAUUCGGUCAAGGCGACGAAGCCAUCUUCAAAUUCAGAUGUCAAAGGAGUAAUAUUGAUUUCUUGGGUACGGCAAGAGAUGCCCUGGAGGAAUGGUUAGGACAGCACAAUAUCCAAGUUUACCCUUCUAACGCUACCAAGAGGGUAGACUCGUUCGCGGAUGCUUUCUCCCAUUUCAAUAGCAAGCUGUUAGCCACAGGUGCGAACAAUACUGAGGCGGAAGGGGAAUCUCUCGUUGAGCGACGACAACGUCCCGUCACCGUCUCCACUGACGUGCGAGCCCUAUUUAACGGUCCGCCUGGUGGCGCUUAUCGAUCCGGCGAUGAGGGAUCGUUAGGCUUCGCCGGCCCAUUAAGCUAUCAAAACCCUCAGAGAAGUUCUGACUUAUGGCCAGGAUCUAAUCAACCCACUCGAACUGAAUCUGACCAUUCCAAACGAGAUUCCGACCCCAUCAUCCAAGAUCGAGUCCGACAAGCGUCCACCGGCCAUUCCAACACCACCGCUCAUCCCCACCCUCAUCCACAUAGCCAAUCUCGGAUCAACCCCACGAUGAGACAUCAAUCACUUGAUAUAUCCCACAUGAAGUUCUCCAGAUCGUCCUCUGCAGGAAAUUCCGCUUUUGGACCCAUGCCUCCCUCGCCUACUGCUGCCAACUCCAGUCCUAACACUGCUACUGGACCGUAUUUCCCUCAUAUGGGUCCUCACCCCAUCAGAGCGAACGUUACCGGCAGAGGAGGAUACAGUGGUUCAGGCGGGACCGCAUCGAGUGAUCAAGGUGUGGAGGGUGUGACGCAGGCUAUGAGUAACGUCCAGGUAUCCCAUUGA